AUGGAUUUAGAAGCAAAUCAUCUGGAACAACAACAACAGCCCCACAAUCUUCCAGGCUUUCCCGGGCACUUGAUUAGGGCUGAUAUCGUUCCUUCUAUAUUGGAUGCUUCAGCUGUUGCGGCAACUGCAACUACAAAUGUUGCUGCAAACACUGCAAAUAGUACAACAGCCACAACCUUACUGUUUGACAGCACUUCGUUGAAUAUUACUGCCAGCAGUGGUACCCUGACAGUAACUAGUGCUAUCUGUCCACCACCAUCUAGCUCCUCAUCCAGCAUUUUCUCCACCACUCAACAUGAUAUCUAUCGAUUACCAAAUGUUGAUGCUGUUGACCAGAAUGCUACUACUCUGAAUAAUAUUGCAGGAAAAUUACCGAAAAUAGAAGAUGGGAAAAAAGAAUACGAUGCAUCAUCAGGAAGUAUUGAAUGUGAUGGAAAUUCGAAUGCAUCACCAGAUACUUGUUUGAUCAGUAGUCAGAAACCACGCAGACAACGUACUCAUUUUACAAGUCAUCAGCAUCUUAUGAGCAAUAUUUUCCGUCACUGUUUUACAAUUCUAACAAUUGCUCUGCAGCUAACAGAGUUAGAAAAUUGGUUUUCACGGAAUCGCUACCCAGAUAUGGCCACAAGAGAGGAAAUUGCAUUAUGGAUCAGUCUUACGGAGCCACGAGUUCGCGUAUGGUUUAAAAACAGACGAGCAAAAUGGCGUAAACGAGAGCGCCAUUUGUUAACUCCUGAUUUCAAAAACUUUCAGCCAACUGGCUGUUUCCCACAAACUCUUUUGCCAACUCAUCCGCAGCUUGACGAUGUUUAUGGAUCCCCAUCUUGGCAAGGUUAUUCUACGAGGAAUCCGAAUACUGCUUUUGGUUGGGCUUUAAAAGCACAAGGACCGCUACAACACACUUUCCCUCAGUUAAUGACUCCAACGACAUCCAACAAUGCGACGGCCCUCUCUCGCUUUCCCCCUACUCAGCCACAAUUUUACACAACCAGUACCACAAAUACCAUUAAUUUAACGUCAAAAGAUGAUAAGUUCAAGUUACACUCCCAAGGAUAUUGCUCCUCUGCAAUGCAAAUGCCUAAUACUGGAACCCAUUCUCAACAGGCCAGCAGUUUUUCAGUUCAGUCAUAUCAAUACAACGGUCCACUGUAA